UCGACUGGAUCUGAUAAUAAUAUGGCAGAAUGGCAGUAUGCAUUCCCCAUGACUGAUUGAGUGUGCCUUUGGAAGAUGAGUUUCUCUCUGUGCAUCAAGUUGACAAGGCAUUUGGGGUGGCACACUGAAAAGGAAGAUUUCACAGAAGCCACCUAACUUGAAGACAGCUGCCAUGACCAGCCAGUCUCAGGGGAUCCACCAGCUCCUUCAGGCAGAAAAAAGAGCCAAGGACAAGCUAGAGGAAGCCAAGAAGAGAAAAGAGAAACGACUGAAGCAAGCUAAAGAAGAAGCUAUGGCAGAAAUUGACCAGUACAGAAUGCAGAGAGAUAAGGAGUUCAGACUGAAGCAGUCUAAGAUAAUGGGCUCUCAAAGUAAUCUCUCAGAAGAAGUAGAAGAGCAAACACAAGGGAAGAUAAAAGAACUGAAUGGAAGCUACAACAAAUGCAUGGAAAGUGUGUUGAAGCAGCUUUUGAACACUGUUUGUGAUGUGAAGCCAGAAAUCCAUGUAAACUACAGAGCCACCAACUAAAUGGGCACCCUACUGUUCAAUAAAAGCUAUAUGC